AUGGCGAGUACCGGCGCUACCGUUGGUGGAGGGGUGCACUGGGGAGCCCAAGGUGAAAUGUGCGCAACGAGGGACGAACCAAACGACGACGGCGGCGGCGGCGACGGUAAUGAUGAAGAGACAGACGAAGAAGCAACGAGGCAGUGCCGGUGGACAGACGAAUUACAAAAAAAGCGACAUGCAAUUUGCCAUCGAGGCACUAGGGAGAGGAACUGGGCAGACUGGCGCGAGAUAGGCCUGGGCUGUCUGAGAAAUAACGAACGUGUUGCCGAAGAAUCCCUGAUCUUCGCCGUUCGUGUUGACGGUCCUUGCUCGUCUUGCAGCGGCGACGGUGGGCCGGGGGGACAGGACGGGCAUAGCAGCAGUAGCAGCAGCAGCAUGGGAGCAGCGGGUGUGCAAUCAUGGACCUGUUCGCGCAAGACACGGGAAGCUGGCGCGGCGAUCGAUUUCGGCUGCGGCGCCCAGCAGCGCAGGCCCAGCGUGGCGGACUCGCGCCCUCGGCCUCGCGCUCGCAGCUCGUGUGUGACGGCGGCUGGCAGUGCGAGGGUCGAGUGCAUUUGCAUUGCAUUGACUCUUGGCCGGCAAAAGAAGUGA